ACAGGGAGUCCACUUAGCGAGGCAGAGAUCGUGGAGUUGUGCCACAAAUCCCCGGACGACCCUGCACGCGUGCACGGUUUCACGUUGCGCAAGACACUACGAGCGAGGCGCGGAUACGGUUCUCCCUCACUUACGCCUCCGGUCUACACCAAGGCGAUGAAGCGCGCGAGCUCCGUCAGCAUCCUCAGCGGGCUCGGCGUGCCCAUCCCGCCACCGAAGACGGAUGUCGCAGAACCCGAAGCGCAGGCGUCGGGGAGCCCGACAAACAGCCAGAAGGGCCCGAACAAGCUGCGCAACUUCUUCGGGCAGCGGCCGCCCAGCGAGCUCAUCACGACCCACCUGGCGGCGUACUUCCCGUUCACGGAGAAGAAGGUGCUGGAGCGCACGCGCCGCCAGAGCAUGAUGCGCCAGAGCGGCGUCCCCGGGCGCCGCGACAGCAUCAUCUCGUUCAGCAUGCCG